AGCAGGCUGCAGGGCUCAGUGUUGCUCCGCGUCCAGUCUGAUCGGCGGAGUCAUGCGGAGCCGCCGUACCCUCACGUCAGGACUCGACUAGCCCCAGUUUCUCACCAGAGAUGCGGGUAAAUGUUGCGGGCGGUCGCAGAGAAGAGUUUCCGUGCUCCUGGCCGAACGUACACAACAACUCCUGGGGCUAACUCGAGGUCUGACGGGGGCGUCGAGCCGACAGCACAACUCCUGCGGGGACUUUGUUCACUUUAACAUCCACAGUAAAUCACUCAAAAUGGAGAUUCACGAAGGAGCAGCGGCGGCGGGCGACGGAGUCCUGGAUUUUUCUCGCCUGAGCCUCACCACGUUCAGCACCGACGGUGUCAGCGACGAGAGGAAGCGGGACACCAGGCAGCUGUACCUGAACUACAACCGGCUCCUCUCGCUGCCCUCGUCCGUCUGCGAUUUCUGCAACCUGGAGUUUCUGGACAUCAGCAACAACGGACUGUCCGCCAUCUGCGAGGGCAUAACGCGGCUGAGCAGGCUGCGGACCCUCGUCGCCAAGAACAACCGCCUGGACGAGUUCUCGCUUCCCAAGGAGUUCGGCUCCCUGCGGCUGGAGGUGCUGAACUUCAGCGGGAACCGAUUCGAGGAGAUCCCGCUGCAGUGCACGAAGCUGCCGCGGCUGCAGUCGCUGUCGCUCGGCGGGAACAGACUGAAGAGCAUACCUGUGGAGAUAGAGAACCUGACCAGUCUGGAGCUGUUGUAUCUGGGUGGAAACCUCAUCACAGCCAUUCCUCCUGAAGUGGCGAACCUGCCCUACCUCAGCUACCUGGUCCUGUGUGACAAUCGCAUCCAAAGUGUCCCCCCACAACUCACCAGGCUCCACUCGCUGCGGUCUUUAAGUCUCCACAACAACUUGCUCACGUACCUGCCGAGGGAGAUCCUCUGUCUGGUGCACCUGCAUGAGCUCAGCCUUAGAGGCAACCCACUGGUGGUGCGCUUUGUCAAGGAGAUGACCUACGACCCGCCGUCGCUGCUAGAAUUGGCCGGACGUACAAUCAAGAGCCGAAAUAUUCCCUACUACCCCUGUGACAUGCCCUCAAAUCUGCUGAGAUACCUGGACCUGGCCAGCAAGUGUCCCAACCCUAAGUGUGCCGGCGUCUACUUUGAUUCAUGUGUGCGCCAGAUCAAAUUUGUGGACUUCUGUGGGAAGUACCGGCUGCCCCUCAUGCACUACUUGUGCUCCCCAGAAUGCACCUCUCCCUGCAGCUCCAACCCCCAAAGCGACGCAGACUCGGAAGACGAGAGCAGCGUGCCAGCGGACCGUCUUCAGAGAGUGCUUCUGGGAUAGCACGACACGGAGGAACCUCUGACCCUUUGACAAGCCCAGACUCGUCAGUUUGUCACCGUGUUCAUUUAUACAGACACGAACUUGGCUCGUCAGACUUCGCUUUACAAAAACGCACAUACAAAUAAACACUAGUACACACUCAAUACAGUGCAUUCAGAAAGUAAUCAGACUGAAAAAGUGAAAAUAGUUUGGGGUGUUAACUUUAAAUAUCCUGAAUGAGAUUGUUUUGUCAUAACCAUUUCAGUCUCUUGGAAUUGAUGCACCCAUAAUAAGUCCUGGUUCCUCCAAACUUCUUCAACUAAGAACCGUGGAGGCCCCUGUGCUCUUGAGAACCUUCAACGCACAUUUAUUUGCAGCCUUUACCAAAUUCUGUGCUUCGACACAUUCUCUCUCUUAGCUCAGGAAGUUUAUUCAACCUCAUAGCUUGGCUUCGAGUCAGAUAUGCAACUGUGAGACUUUACAUAAACCAGGGUGUGCCUUUCAAAAUCCUGUCUCAUCAGUUUAAUCCACCACAGGUUGACUCCAAUCAACAUGUCAAAACAUCUCAAAGAUGAGAAAUGAGACACCUGCACUAAAUUUGAAAUGUCAGACCAUUAAAGCAGAAGGAAGCAACAGAAGUGAAAGGGUCUGAAUACUUCCUGAAUGUACUGUGCAUUGAGUUUUACAUAGAGCCACUAAAACAUUUAGUGCUGUGGCCUUGGCAAAAUGAUUGGAUAGAAAUGAGGUCCCUGUCAUCACAUCACUCCACACAUAAUGAGUAAAGGAAUCAUUUCCCUUGAAGCUGUAAAUCACACACACUCAUGACUGUGUCAAAGUGCAGCUGUCGUGGUGGAACAUAGGAGGGCAGUAAAGCUCUUGUUUGGACUGGGAACACUGAAGCUGCACCAGGAUUCGUUUCCUUUCCAGGGAACCUUACUUUCUCCUUAAUACAACACUUGGUGCUUUUUUUCCCUAUCCAUUAAGAGCAUUAGUUUCUAUUCUCUGAAAGUUUGGAUAUGAACAAAGUGGGUUUUGUUCAACUGCUGGAAACACGUAGUGAGCUUUAGUUUUUCAUGCUUUGAUCAAGUGAACUUCAAAGCUUCUCUGAUAACUAAGAGGAAGAAAAAGUCUGGGAUUUGUCUUGUACGUCAACAGAAACAAUAACCAGUUUUACACCAUGGUACUCUUAACUGAUUGAGUACAACGUGUGAGAUGACCUUAUUUACGCUGUGUGUGGUGUAAAUGGUCUCACAUAAUUUGAACAGAUCAAGAUUAAAACCUUUUUCUUUCCGUCAGCACAGUG